AUGCUCUCCAUCCUGGUUUUGUGCCUCUGUCUCCUGGUUUCCGUACGGGCUAGCUCACUGCCACAGUACUACUCCUACUCCUCGUCGGUGGGCUCUGGCAGUGGGAGCCCCUACGCAACCACUGGGGAGGGACGCAUCACCGCAGUGAGGGUGUGGGACAGCUCCUACAUCCGGGGGUUCCAGUUCAGGUAUGACUAUGCCUGGACCCCUGUGAUUGGUAACACAUACGGCACAGAGCUGGAAAUGAUGCUGUUUGAGGGUGAGGCCAUCAUCCAGGUUUCAGGGAAAUACCAACACUACAUCGAGUCGUUGAUGUUCGUCACCAACAGAGGGCGAUCUCUCAUUGCUGGAGCGCCGUCUGGGUGGUCCUUCAACUUCUACCCCACCCACAGUGGGAGUGAGCUCCGCCUCCUCAGUGGCCGUGUCCAUGGGGGCAUCACCUCCAUUGGUGCGCACUGGGGGAUGGUCUACAGCAUGGAAAACGCCACUAUGCACACAUGA